AUGCCUCUUGCCGGCACUGUCCUCGCUUCCUCCUAUGUAGAGUCACUUCCCGAGAAUGCCCAAUCGCUGUUCUCGGAGAGCAUGGGGUGGAUGGACCAAUACUACGACCCCGAGGCUGCAUAUCUGUAUGAUUUCAGCGGCGCCGCUGCCCUACGACAUGAGACCCGCAGCUCGGUCUGGUACGCACUCGGUCUAUUGGCACGGAACCAAGGCGACGACGUAGACAACGCCGAAAGCAUAAUCACGAACGUCAUCAAAGCCCAAUACAAGAACCCGGCAGAUGAAUGGUAUGCCACCUACCAGCAAGAGCCAGAGGAGCCUCUGGUCGGAUCGCCUGCGUACCCUCCCAAGAUUUACGGCUCAUGGGAUCCCAAUUGGAGAGGCUUUGUGGCGACGACCCUGAUCCUGGCCAUGGAGAAAUUCCCCCACCUCAUCAAGAACGGAACCCAGGGGCUCAUCCUAGAGUCCCUGCAUAACUCGACUAAAGGAGAUGAAUACCGAUUUGGCCAUCUUGAUCCCGACGAGGACAACCUUUACCCUUCUUAUAGCAACCCUGCUAUCAUGCGAGCAUUUGUUUCUGGCUGGACAGGUCGCCGCCUGAAUGAGGAGAACAUGACCGAGAGCGGCGAAAAGUAUGCCGAGGAGAUCAUUGAGCUCUUUGAUCGUGGGAACACCCUCCCGGAAUUCAAUUCCGGAACCUACACUGGAGUCUCGCUUUUCGGACUGGUCCUGUGGAGCAGGUACCUGCCCAAGGAAUCUGUCAUGUCCUCGGCAGGGCCGCGGAUGAUCCAGCACACCUGGGAGUCGGUGGCGCAGCUGUGGCAUCCCGGUAUGAAGAACAUGGCCGGCCCUUGGGAUCGUGCCUACGGCUACGACAUGAACCGUUAUGUCAGCCUCAUGGGUCUCUGGUUUUGGACGCUUGUCGGGAAGGAAAACUCAUCGCUCAUCAAAUAUCCCCAAGUCAUGUCGCACAUGGCAGAUUAUGCCUGGGCUCCGCUUCUUGCAGUCUUGGCUGAGGAGCAUGAGGAAUUGAUCCCCAAGAAUAUCUCCACUGGCCUCGGCAAGUUCCAGGGGGACCACACCUUUACCGCCAGCGCCUACUACCCUCCGUUCGAUACGACUCCGCGGAACAUCACCACCUGGGUAUCCGAGAACCUGACGAUCGGUGCGGAAUCCUAUGAUGAGAUCGUUAUAGGCGGUCCCGGUCAGAAUCAGGAGGCCUUCAACCCCGUCGUCGUGCAGUGGGAUACUGGCCGCGAAAUCUCCUUCAUCUCGCUUUAUCCGACCGAGAUGGCCCUGGACGUCGUCGUCACACCUGGAAAGCUUAACCUCACAUACCCCUAUGGCAACGCAACUUCAAUCUUUUCCCUCCUUGUCGGGACCUUUCGAGAAAAGCCCACCAUCGCAGGGUGGGGUGACAUCCCGCGGCUGACGGUGGACAUCGACGGAAACAUCGACAAGAACUAUAGCUUGAGUUAUGGUGGACAAUAUGGUGGCGCCGACUCCACGGUACGGGAUUUCGAAUUCUGGAACUUUACUUACACGAUGCCCAAGGAUUUCGUGGGACUUCCUAACUUGAUACUUGAGUUAGAGGCAUAG